AUGGAGGACCUCCUGAAAACACCGGAAGGAGUCGUAAAAUUGCGUAAAACAUUGAAUUUGUGCGAUUCGUUUGACGGCAAAAAUAUCGAUGAUAUCCGGUAUUUGGCGCAAACGUUAGCCAUGAAUGUCGGCGGAUCUGCUCAAUACAAUGUGACUAUCGAUCACAUCGUUAAGACAAUGAACGACCCCUCAGUCGGUACACCAUUGCAAAGAGUAAUUCAUGAUGAUUAUGUCAAAGUAUUACAAAAUACAACUGUUGAUCCCAACCAAUGGGUGAGACAAUGGAUAUAUCAGUUGUGCACUUCAACCGCCGACUUUGUGACCAGUGAACUCCCGAACAGCCCAUUUGGACACAACAUUCCCGUAGAGUUUUGGACUAAACAAUGCACUCAAGUAUACGGACCACAAAUCAAUGCCCAAACCAUACAGAAAGCGGUCGACCGGACAGUCGCCACAUAUGGGGGCAAACGGCCGAACAUAACAAACGUUGUG